CUAUUUUUUUCUGAGAGGCACUGCAGGUACACAUCUUUUGCGGGUUUGUUUCCUUUAUUAUCAAGGGGAACACUGACAUUGGUGACUCUUGAAGAGAUAUCACAGACCAUUGACUCAGAGAAUUUCACAGUCCAGAACUGUGUCGUCUUUGCUGGGCCGUUGGCAACCACUUCAAUAAGUACCAAUGCCAAAUUUGAAGUUCGAAGUCCCCAGCGUGUGCAGAUAAAGUUUGAAGAAGGAAUCAUAGGCACUCCUCAGCUGACUGAUUCUAUCGUACUACCAGAAAAUGUGGAAUUUCUGGGACAAAAGAUUGAUCUCACGCCCUUCAAAGGUUUACUCAGUUCUGUCCAAGACACCGCUUCCUCUGUUGCAAAAACCAUUUCUAGCAGGCCACCACUGAAGUUUCCCAUCUCCAGCAGCAAGGCGGAGUCGUGGCUCCUAACAACAUACCUUGAUGAUGAUCUUCGGAUCUCGAGAGGAGACCGUGGCAGUAUAUUUGUCCUCAUCAAGGAAGGCAGCGCCCUUCUGUCUCCAUAGGCAUAUCACUUAUUUUCCUGUAGAAUUGUGUGUAAUAAUGCAGGUGACUUAAUAGUUAAUACUGGUUAUAACUGCAUUGACAUGUACCAGAUUUAAAAGUGAACAAGAACUUCAAGGUUUUGCUAUGUAAUCAAUAAUACGCAUGCAGAAUUGCGAUAUGUAAUCUUCAACAAAUUUUCAUUUUU